GAGCAAUACCCAACCAGGUUUCUGCGACAAUAAACGCAGAGCACCACAGCUCCCUCCAUUUUCUCUCCGCUCCCACUCCAGAUACAGUAUAGAUCCAUCGGCACCACGCUCAAAGCAGUAUCUCCACCACUCUUUUUUUGUUCUUUCUGUCGCGGUUGUUCGUGGUAAUACAAACAAGAGCUCUUCCUUUUUUGAGAUAAUUCAAUCCAAGCCCAUUUGAGACGAUUAUCGACUCCUAGAAGACAUGGCCGACAUCACAGAUCAGCACGACCAGACCUCUCCCACCGAGCUCGAUGAGCAGAACGUUGGCAAUGGUAACGCCACAGAGUCUCGCGGUAUCAAGCGUCAGCGUCCUUCAGCUGGCGACGACGACGACGACGAUGACGAGAAGGGCAGCCGUGAGCGUCGCAAGAUUGAAAUCAAGUUCAUCAGCGACAAGUCUCGCCGACAUAUCACAUUCUCCAAGCGCAAGGCUGGAAUCAUGAAGAAGGCGUACGAGCUUUCUGUCCUCACAGGCACUCAGGUGCUACUUCUUGUCGUGUCCGAAACUGGUCUCGUCUAUACCUUUACCACACCUAAGCUCCAGCCUCUUGUGACCAAGUCUGAAGGCAAGAACUUGAUUCAGGCAUGUCUCAACGCACCCGAGCCCACCCCAGGCAACGAGAACGGCGUUGAUGGUGGCGACCAAGUCGAGUCUCCCGAAGAGCCUCCUAACCAACAUCUCCCUCCUCAGGGCAACCGGCCUGGUAUGCCCCAGAACCCUCACAUGCCACCCAACAACUAUAUGCCCAACAUGCCCAUGGAUCCCCAGCAAGCUUUGGCUUACCAAAGCUACGUACAACGAAAUCAGGCUUACGGCUCAGGUAUACCUCCUCAGCCAGGUAUGCCCGCCAAUAGCCAUCACCAGUCGUAAUGACGCCCGACUCUAAAGAUGGGUCUUUGGUCACUGAUACCCGGCGCUCAAUGCUUCUUCGAGACAUUGGCUCUCGACCUUGCACGCCCCUCCUGGACACGAGAAUUGUUCUGUGAGGUCCUGGUGAAAAGGCGUUGGUUGGUGUUGAUUUGCCACCUGCAUUUUCUCUUUGAUUUUCCUUUUAAAUCCAAUUUACAUGGCUUUUAAGCCACAGCGAAGUCUGACGAGACCCUUCACUGGAUUAUAAUAAUAGCAUCUGGUAGCGAUGUGCUUGUGGGCUACAGUGCUUGUCCUUGGCGGCCCAGACAGCUUCACGCGUUAGGUUUGAUACCACUGACAUACGGCCGAUUUUGGGAAAACCCGUCGCGGCUCGCCUUACAUAUCAUUGUUUCUUGUGGUCAAUGACUUUGCGGCAGCGGACAUAUCGUCGUAGGGCAUUUGCGUGGUUCAGGCGUGUUUGAGCAUACAAAUGUUGUCACUGAAGAGUAUAAGGGGCGCGAUUUUGGCUUGUGAAUUACUGCAGAGUGUUUGGGAUGGCACUGGAAUGGAUGGGAUGAAGGCACGAACAUUAUGGAAUGGGAACCUUAUGCAGAUUUGACGUCUAUUAUGGGCCAAAAAGAGACAAAGGAUGCUUCUAACACG